AUGGCGCAGCUGCACGACGACGACGCCGCCGCCGCCGCCGCCGUCGAGUGGCUGGACAGCGAGUUGGAGGACAGCCCGCGCUCGAACGACGGCAUCGGCGGCAUGUUCAGCAGCAGCCCCAACAACAACGCCAAAGAGGCCGCGCCCCGGGGCGUGCGCUGGUCGGACCACAAGCCGCAGAUGCAGCGCCCGGCCGCCGUGUCGUACGCUGGCUCGGAGGACGUGGAGGGCGUGGAAGGUGACAUGCGCUCGUUCUACGGCCCGCAGUUUGCAGCGCAGCCAGAGACGGCCAACUACCGCCUGCCGGCCAAGUCCGUGGGCCAGCAGCGCUUCCAGGACAUGCCGAUUGAGCUCGUGGCCGACCACGGCGUGGCCGCUAAGCGUGCCCUCAUCCGCCGCAUUCAUCAGGAGUCUAUGACGCAGUUGGCUAUGGGGUGCCAGGCCAUGCUGGUGCGCGGGGCUUCGGGCAACUACUACGUGUACCACCUCGAGAUCACGAGUGAAUACUAUAAGCAGAAGUGGGUCGUUUGCAAGCGCUACUCGGAGUUGUACCGCCUACGGAAACGGCUGCUGGAACGUCUUGCAGCACACAAGAAGCAGCAGGGAUGUUCCGUAUGCGGUGCCGUGCGCGACCAGCUCAAGGACGUGGGCUUUCCUCGUCGCAUUGUCAUGUUCAAAGACCCUUCGACUCUUGUUGGUAGACGGACAGCUGGGCUCGAAGAGUUCAUUGUUGCCCUGUGUGAGUACCUCGGCGCUGAACAGCAAGCGGAGAUCUGUGGCGAGAUCCUGUCCACACGGUUUCUCGUCAAGGAGUUUCUCCAGUUUCCACUCGAUCAUGAGCGGCAGCAUGUUCGAUCGAUCCGGCAGCUCAAGUACGUCGACCCACGAGAUGUCCACGUCGACUCAGACUCUUGCCCCAUUUGCCUUUGCGAGUGGACCGAAUUAGAUGGCAACCAGCUCGUGCUGUCGCCAUGCGGCCACUUUUUUCACGAGCAUUGCAUCAACGAGUGGUACCGCACUCGCUUCGACUGCCCCAUCUGUCGAACAAUCUCAGGCGAAGGAGAGGGCAGCAAUGCGUGCGAGCACUGA